GUAGUGAGUCAUCUUCGCCAACAGAGCAGCUUUGUUCGGCGCGGCUGUACAGCGCUCAUGCCCGCGGUGGAGGUUUCUGACUCCGGGAGGAUGGACGGUGUGUCGCUGGGUCUGGUGGCCACACCGGCCUCGCCACGUCCAAACUGCAACACGGACUCGGAGGAGGACACGAUGGAUGGAGGGAUGCUCACCUUCAACCAGACGCACAUGAGGAAGGCUUUCCAGCUCAUGAACGACCUGAGGAGUAAAAAGAUGCUCUGUGACGUCCAGUUGGUGGCGGGGAGCGUUGAAGUGCCAGCUCACAGGGUGGUCCUGGCGUCCUGUAGCCCCUACUUCUGUGCCAUGUUUACAGGUGAUAUGAGUGAGAGUAAGGCCCGUCAGGUGGAGAUCAGAGAGGUGGACGGACAGACGCUGAGGAAACUGGUGGACUACAUCUACACAGCUGAGAUCGAGGUCACAGAGGACAACGUCCAGGUUCUGCUGCCAGCAGCCAGUCUCCUCCAGCUGAUGGAUGUUCGGCAGGUUUGUUGUGAGUUCCUUCAGUCUCAGCUUCACCCCACCAACUGUCUGGGCAUCAGAGCCUUCGCUGACCUGCACACAUGCACGCAGCUUCUCAACCAAGCCCACGCAUACGCCGAGCAGCAUUUCACUGAAGUGGUGCAGGGCGAGGAGUUUCAGGGCCUGUCUCUGCAGCAGGUGUGCAGCCUCAUCGCUAGCGACAAACUCACAGUUUCCACGGAAGAGAAGGUGUUCGAGGCCAUGAUAGCCUGGAUCAAGCACGAUAAGCCGGCUCGCCUGGAGCACAUGCCCAAACUGAUGGAGCAUGUCAGACUUCCUCUGCUGUCCAGGGAUUACCUGGUGCAGAUAGUCGAGGAGGAGGCUUUGAUUAAGAACAACAACACCUGUAAAGAUUUCCUCAUCGAAGCAAUGAAGUAUCACCUGCUGCCAGCCGACCAGCGGCACCUCAUCAAGACGGACAGGACCCGACCAAGAACGCCGAUCAGCAUCCCAAAAGUGAUGAUCGUCGUGGGCGGCCAGGCUCCUAAGGCGAUCCGCAGCGUGGAGUGUUACGACUUUCAGGAGGACCGAUGGUACCAAGUUGCUGAUCUGCCUUCAAGACGCUGCAGGGCCGGUGUGGUUUCCAUGGCCGGCUGCGUGUACGCUGUCGGGGGCUUCAACAGUUCACUGCGUGAGCGGACGGUGGACGUGUACGACGGAGGGAGGGACCAGUGGAGCGCGGUGGCGAGCAUGCAGGAGAGACGGAGUACUCUGGGAGCGGCGGUGUUGACGGAUUUACUGUACGCCGUGGGAGGCUUUAACGGAAGUAUAGGUCUGUCGACGGUGGAGGUCUACAACUCUAAAUCCAACGAGUGGAUUUAUGUCGCCUCCAUGAACACGAGGCGCAGCAGUGUGGGAGUCGGGGUGGUGGAUGGUAAGUUGUACGCAGUAGGAGGUUAUGAUGGAGCGUCUCGUCAGUGUCUCAGUACGGUGGAAGAGUACGACCCGGUCGCUGAUCAGUGGUGCUAUGUAGCUGACAUGAGCACACGGCGCAGCGGGGCAGGUGUAGGUGUGCUGGGAGGUCAGCUGUAUGCAGCAGGAGGUCACGACGGCCCUCUGGUGAGGAAGAGUGUGGAGGUGUACGAGCCACAGAUCAACAGCUGGAGGCCGGUCUGUGACAUGAACAUGUGCCGGAGAAACGCAGGUGUGUGUGCCAUUAACGGGCUGCUGUACGUGAUCGGAGGAGACGACGGCUCGUGUAACCUUUCCUCCGUGGAGUUUUACAACCCGGCCACGGACAAGUGGAGCCUCAUUCCCACAAACAUGAGCAACGGACGCAGCUAUGCCGGAGUCGCCGUGAUCGACAAACCGCUAUGACCAGAAGUCCCUCGCAGCGUCGACUCUGCAGACGGAUUCACAGAGACUCACGCUGACGUCUGAGGCUCCCUGGACACACGGAGGAGGAGGAGGAGGAGGAGCGGCGGCGCCCGAGAACAGGACGACCUCCACCCUUUGACGUCAUAAUCACGGCGGCAUCAGGAGACGUUUUGGACACUGACAUGGCUGCUCUGCAUCCACGGAGGAUGGCGAGCCGGGCGUGUAAGAGACUCGUCUUGGUUCUUAACGCCAAGCUCAUACCAAGAGGCUGUAUCAGCUGACUCGCACAGACUGGAAAGAAAAAUGGGGCCAAAUGGACUUUUAGACGCUCUUUGUGGGCGUGGCUUCACCUGGAAACCCGCACACAUCAUGCAACCUUUGUUUAAGCCCCGCCUCCAGAGAGCGGCGGUGUUUUUUUCUGCGUGGGGGGUUUCAGUGGCCUCGACCUUAAGAGCUGCAAGAUAUGUAAAAGAAUGUAAAAAAAAAAAAAAAAAAAAAAAACUCUUUAUAUGCAAAUCAGAUAUUUAAUAUUUUUGAGAUGUUUUUAAAGAUGUAGAGAACCACUGUGUGUGGCGUCACGCUCAGGCCCGACGAUCCGAUCGGACGCAGUAGGACUUGAUUCUGUUGUAGACACACUACUGAUGCACUGACUGACGGAGAGGAGGGCGGCGGGGAGACGUCUGCCCGUCUUCUCUGACUGACCAAUCACUGACCUGCUGAAACAUGAAGGCCAAUAACGCCAUCCAAAAUAGUACAAAAAAAAAAAAAAGAAGUGCCAGUUUUCUGAUCAGCACGCUGCUGGAGUCAAGAUGUGUUUUAAUCUCUAUAUGGCGGUUUUGUCAGGUGGUUUUCUAAAGGGGGGCGGGCGGGCGGGGGUCCACAUGCUCUGUAGAAAUACAAUAACAAGAUAAUAACGCGAGAGGCCGUCGAAUAAUUUCACAUCUUUUAAAAACAAAAUGUUUCAUUUUUCUCAGCUUAGCGUUUCGACUCAUUCAGACCACAGUGGGUGUUUUUGUUUUUGUUGUUUUUUCAGGUGUAAUUAUUAAGUUGACUGACGGGGUGCCACAGCUUCACCUUAUGAUGAUGUCAUCAGACGACCUCUUAUUAUUUUUCUGCCUCAUCCAGAAAUCACAGAGUAACUUGAAGCUUUCAGCUGUAAUAACAAAAAGUUACAUAAAAACAAAUCUUAACCACCA